AUGUGUGUCGUGUCCGACAGACAUGAAAGCAUAAUACACACAGUUUCUAAGGUGUAUCCUACUGUUCCUCAUUUGGCUUGUAUAUGGCAUUUGUGGAAAAAUGUGACAAAGCAAUACACAACAAACAGUGAGGUGUUGAGUCCUAUAUUUUAUUCACAAGCGAAAGCAUACAGCCAGGAUGAGUUCGAUAAAUUGAUGGAGAAGAUUGGGAAUGUUGAUAUUCGGGUAAAACGAUACCUAGAAGAUGCUGGAAGAGAUAAAUGGUCUAGGCUUUAUUCACCUGUUAAUAGAGGAUGGACAAUGACUUCGAAUAUAGCCGAAUGUAUUAAUGGAAAACUGGUUGAAGCGUCAACUGAAUAUGUUUACACAGUGAAUGAUGGACCGAGGAGUUUCAUAAUAGAUUUGAAGAAGAAAACUUGCAGCUGCAGGAUGUUCCAACUGGACGAGAUACCGUGUUCUCAUGCAUGGGCAGUAUUGAAGAAUAAAAAUUUGACUGUUGAUGUAUAUUGUUCGGAUUUAUUCAAGCUGGAAAUAGUUGUGAACACAUAUGAUGUGCCAGUUGAUCCUCUUCCCGAUGAGACCGAGUGA